AUGUGUAUAUUUUAUACUUUAAUACACCGGAUCAAUAUCAACUUAUUAAGAAUGUCCUUGGAAAUAAAUAAAGAAUCUAUUACUAUGAACGAUUCUGUAAAGAAUACACAACCCUCUGAUUCUCUACAAAAUAAUAAUUACAGGCCAAAGAAUACAAAAUCAAUACAACUGUAUUGUUUGAUCCGGAAUAUUGAAUAUCAAUGUAUUAAGUAUUUAUCUAGGGAAACAAGCCGUAGAAGUCAAUACUUAAGGUUACUAGUUAUAAGCUCUAUGAGGUUAAUUAACUAUUAUAAUAACUAUACAGUAGUAUUAAAUAUAUAA